AGUCUCAAGACGGAAGUUAAACUGUUUCCUUUUCUGUUGUAUUGGAUUUUUUUUGAAGUAAAUUGUGUUUUUGAGCUUCUAUCUUAUUAGUUUAAUUAAUUUAAUUACUUAUCUGUUACAAUGGCUCCACGUAAAGGUAAAGUUACCCAAGAAGCGGCUGUUCUUCAGCUCCCAUCUGAACAACCUGGCGAAAAUAUGUUUGGUGUUGCUCACAUUUAUGCCAGUUUUAACGACACCUUUGUCCAUGUUACUGAUCUUUCCGGAAGAGAAACCAUUGCCCGUGUUACCGGAGGUAUGAAAGUAAAAGCCGACAGAGAUGAAGCAUCUCCUUAUGCUGCUAUGUUAGCAGCCCAAGACGUAGCUGAAAAGUGUAAAACCAUUGGAAUUAAUGCCCUGCAUAUCAGAUUACGAGCAACCGGAGGUACCAGGACCAAGACACCAGGACCAGGAGCUCAAAGUGCUCUUCGUGCUUUGGCUCGUUCAGGAAUGAAAAUAGGAAGAAUAGAAGAUGUUACACCUAUUCCAUCUGAUGGUACUCGAAGGAAAGGAGGUCGUCGUGGAAGACGUCUAUAGAUUGUAACAAAGUUGCUAGUAUUUUUGGUGAUUAUCAAAAAUAAAUCUGAUUGUCAUUAAACAAAAUCUAUCAAAUA